AUGGAAUCUUCCGACGAUGCUAUCGACCUGGCAGAUGAAGUGUCGGUGCUCGAUCUCGAUACGUCUGCAGACCUCUACGAUGACGAUGGUAACAUGCCAAAGCCAAGGAAGACGAGGAAGAACAGAGAGGGCGAGGAGGAGGACUACUAUUUUCAACACGAAUGGCCCCACCACAAGAAGCACGUCUUCAUUCUCAGCAAUUCGGGAAAGCCGGUCUACUCCAGGCAUGGCGAUGAACAAAAGCUAUGCGCCCACAAGAUUGUGUUCCUCUUCAAGGGGCCGCUCCACCUGGUGGCCGUCUCACGCACCGACGAGCCGGCUACGCACCUGGCGCGUCAGUUGGAGUACAUCCAUUCGCAGAUUCUCUCGUCCCUGACGUCCGGCGUGAAGAAGAUCUACGACUCGCGAGCACACUUUGACAUCCGCACACUCCUCGGAGAUUCCACGCACUUGAUCGACAGCCUCAUCGAUAGCAUGGAGCACGACAUGCUCUUCCUCUCUUCGUGCUUCCUCAACGCCGUCUACUGUUUUCCCCUGGACGCCACCACCAGGCACGCCACCGGGGUGGUGAUGCAGAGCUACCACACCGACGAAAUAGUUUACACUUUGCUGCUCGCGCGACAGCAGCUGGUCAACGUCGUGCGACUCAAGAAGCACGCACUCCACUCUGAAGAUUUCCAUUUGAUCGUCAACUUCCUCAGCAACGCGACUUCGAUCAAGCAGACCGAGUCGAGCACCUCGCCCGUGUGCCUGCCCCGAUUCAACGACCGGGGCUAUCUUCACUUCUACACGACCUUCCUGAGCAAGGAGGUGUGCCUCAUUUUGAUCUCCACCAAGGCGGGCAACUUCGAAGCUGGCAAGAACCAGAUCGAGAGAGGUCUGAGGGAAGUCGGCGCGCUCCGUACGAUCCGCGAAUCGCUCGAACGAAACGCCAACUCCAAGCACCACUACUCGGUGGACGAUGUGCUGGGUCCGCUGAAGGAGGAGAUGGACGCGAAAGAGAGCGGCGGCUUAGCGAUGCUGUCGGCGGCCUUUACCUCGCCCGUGACCUCGUCGCCUUCGUCGUCCUCGCCCUCCUCCAUGUCACCCUCGAGCUCUUCCGGAUCGCUAUCCUCCAUCAUCUCCUCUGCCUCGUCGCUGUCCACCUCUUCCGUCGCUUCUUCCACCUCCACUUCAUCGUCUUCACAAACAUCGCCGUCGUCGUCUUCAUCGUCGACCGUCGGCGCGCGAUCGACCGCCGCCGCGCAGGCCGCGAGGGCGACGCUCUCGUCUUCGGCCCCGCAGCUCUCCUCCGUCACCUCCUCGACCCUGCUCUCGCUCUCCUCCUCCUCGGCUUUCCCCUCCUUCGCCUCGGCCGGCACCAGUCUCCUCCUCUCCGCCGCCGCUUCCCUCACGCCCAGCUCUCGUUACCUGCUCCAUUUUUUGUUCGAGCCACCAUACAUCAAUGCCAAGGAGCAAAAGCGACUAUUCAGACUCUAUCAAAGGGUCCAGUACAGGGUGAACGAGUCCAUGGUGUUGGGCGAGGCCAGAAAGGACAAGAACUCGUCCCGCGUGUUCUACUAUAUCAGCACGCGAGAGAGCAUGGUGGCCUGGGUCACCUCAGGGUUCGAGGUGUACGCUACGUUCGGCCCGUUGGUGCCGAAGCCGACGGCGCUCAAGAUUUGCAACCAGAUCCUCAAGUGGAUCCGAAACGAGGAAGCCAACUUGUUCAUCCUCAACGCCCCUGUUUGGUAA